UGUUUUGAAAAAUUCUGAAGCAUGCUUAACGAAAAGAUGUUUCAACAACACUAUAAAAACCCUCCAAAAUUUAUUCAAAACAAUUUCUCUUCCAAAACACCUAUCAACACAACAACAAAUGUUUUACAAACAAAAUUUAAUUUUCUUCAUUUUUAUUCUCCUUGUCCAGCUCCAACAAAACGUCUACAAUGCUGCUAAUGUUCAAAUGGUUAAUAGAGGCAACAAUAAUGGUGGUCAACAUAGAAAAGCAACAGGAGAGGACGACGACUACGAGAGGUGA